AUGGUGGUUAUACUGGACAAGAGGUAUGUUUACUACGGCGACAGUAACGGCAGCAGCGGUUGGAUUUGGGGCAGAUGGUUGUUGUUCAUUGUGUUGGCUAUUGUCAUUUUGCUGUGGGUUUUCUUGAUUAAUAUGAGAAGACGCAAAAACGGUGUAAGUCCCAUGAGAGGCACGGCUUGGUUAGCGCCGCCCUCUUACGGGGUUUCGCAAAACCAGUACAACAUGCCAGCAGGCCAAAACCCAGUACCGGAGUACUCGGCCACUGCCAACGUCAACGACGCUGGCUACUUUGACCAAAAUGGAAAAUUUCAUCGCACACCGCAGGGACCCAACGAGGCUCAGGGACCCGAGGGACCCCAGGGACCUCAGGGACCCCAGGGGCCCAACGAUGGCAAUUACUCGCCCUCGCACCCUGAGCCUGCUGUGAUCCGGGAUGGCCGGUAUCCAGACGUUUCUGACGAACAGGAAUCUAUCACACAAUUCCAGAGACCAAACGUUCCACCUCCUACAAACGCUGCCACCCAAUCAGAUAGCCACGUAACAGGCUCAAGCGAGCCCGAGUUCCAGAGACCGACCGGUCCACCACCUGCGAAGGGCUCAAGCUCCUAA